GAGCUGAGCAACCAGUGCAAGCUGUAGUAGAGAGAGAAGAAACAACAUGGGAGAGCUGUGUGUACGCUCCGUUCUGGUGACUGGAGCCAACCGUGGCCUCGGUCUGGGGUUUGUCCAGCAUUUUCUGAGGAUGCCAAAACCACCUCAGUGGAUCUUUGCGACCUGUCGGGACCCCAAGGGACAGCGAGCACAGGAGUUACAGAAUUUGGCYUCCAAACAUCCCAACCUGGUCAUCAUCGCUCUCGAAGUUGCCAACCCCGCCAGCAUCAAGGCAGCUGCAGCCAAGGUUGGGGAGCACCUGGGGGGCUCUGGGCUGACCCUCCUCAUCAACAAUGCGGGAAUGGUGAAGUCUAAGAACCUUGAGGAUGAAACAUUGGAGGACAUGACCGAGACUUACACCACCAACACAACUGGGCCCCUGCUGAUAGGCCAGGCAUUCCUGCCCUUGCUGAAGAAGGCUGCCCAGGGGAGCCCAGGCUCAGGGCUGAGCUGCAGCAAGGCUGCCAUUGUCAACAUUUCCAGCAUUGGUGGCUCCAUUGCUAGUUCCUUUGGUUGGGAGCAGAUGCAAGUUGUGUCAUACCGCUGCAGCAAGGCUGCUCUGAACAUGCUGACCAAGUGCCAGUCCCUGGCAUACAAAGAGCAUGGCAUCCUCUGUAUCGCUCUCCACCCUGGCUGGGUGCAAACUGAGUUGGGCGGCUCUACUGGAUACACGCCCCCUGUGAGAGUGGAUGACAGCGUGCAAGGGAUGCUGAAGGUCCUCUCCUCCAUCUCUGAGAAAGACAGCGGCCUCUUAUUGGACUGGGAAGGGAAGGUUGUGCCCUGGUGAGACACCACUUCAGGAUCCUGGUGCCGGGACCCUGUGCCACUGCUCCCCCUGCCCCACAUCCUCAAUAAACUCCUGCUGAGAGUGCAACAACAGCUUGUUCAUUGCCAGCUCRCGGGAUGGCCCCUUCCCACAUGAGGUGGUGCCCACAGCUGCCCCUGACCCACRGCUGUCACUGGCAUCCCCAUGAGUGACAACCUGCAGGUCCCAUGGCACCGUGAGUGCCCUCUGGAGACCUCCCCUCCAGGAGGCACUGGAGAAGCUGGAGCAGGUCCCCUCUCCUGAGGGGARAGAGAUCUUCUGAGCUCCUGCAGGACUGGGGAAAGGCUGGGUUUUCUGAGGGGCUGGGGGUCACAGGGACCAGGUGCCMUCUCCCCUCAGCWGGGGGAUGCCUGGUCACAGGUGGGACAGAGGGACACRCAGCACUCGGGCAGAGCACAGGGAUCCUGUGCCCRGCUCA